UCUGCCCUCUCAACGGAAAUGCAGUCUGUGUAAUAAAGCCACCGAGUUAACGGACGUAAAACCCUGGAUACGAAGACAUUAGGAGCUGAAACAUCUUCUGAUACGGCAUCUUUUUUUUUUUUCUUCAGUUUUUAUUUAUUUGAAUGAACGUCACUCAAGAGAAGAAAUGUCACUGACGCAUCGACUUUUCGUCUUAAUAGUAUUAAUCUCGACUUCAGCUGUAAUAGCUACAACCUCUGAGGCUCUCAACACAACCACAUCUAUGACAACCAAUUCCACAGGCAGCAUUGCCUUGACAACGAGACAGACUGAGGAAGUUUCAUCUACCACAAACUCCACAAAUCCCAGUGAUUUCACAACUAGCACAAUUAAUGUUACUUCUACUGUUAUUGGUGGACCAACAAGCAUUCCAUCUUGGAGCACAACUACAGUAUUCCCAAGCAAUAUCACGACUCCAGUCAUUCCAACGCAUGGUGGUAAUGUCACAUCUCUGCCUUCAUAUACUCAAAGCAACAUAACAAGCUCAUCCACAACUGCACCGGAAAAUGCUACAAGUUCAUCAGUGAGUACAAAAGGGAAUGCCACAAGUCCACUCCUAAGUACAUCAGGCCAUGUCACAUCUCCACCUACAACUGUAACAACGGCAGCCAACACCACAAGUCCACAUGUAUCUACACCAGGGAAUGCAACAAAACAUCCUGUAACUGCACCAGAAACUGCCACAAAUCCUCCUGUAGCUACACCAGGAAAUGCCACAACUUCUUUACCUGUGCCAGGGAACAGCACAACUCCAUUCCUAACUACAAGAGGCAAUACCACUAGUCCUCCUUUUAGUACAUCAGGCAACACUACAGAAACAAUUUCAACACCAAGCAGUGUCACUACUACAUCCCUAAUUACAGGAGGAAAUUCAACAAUUACAGCAGGCAAUGCUACUACAACACCAAACAAUACCACAACUGCACCUAUAACUACCCUAAGCAAUGGCACAUUUCCACCCUUAACCACACAUGUUUCAAUUCUUACUACACCUGGGAAUGCCACAGUUCCACCUGUAACAACAGCAGGCAACAGCACAAUGUCAGCUCUGACUACACCAGGCAAUGUCACAGCUCCACCUCAACCUACACAAGGACCAACAAGCAUUCCAUCUUGGAGCACAACUACAGUAUUCCCAAGCAAUGUCACAACUCCAGUCAUACCAACGCAUGGUGGUAAUCUCACAUCUCUACCUUUUUCUACUCAAAGCAACAUGACAAGCUCAUCCACAAUUACACUGGGAAAUGCUACAAUUUCAUCAGUGAGUACACCAGGGAAUGCCACAAUUCCACCCCUAACUACAUCAGGCCAUGCCACAUCUCCACCUACAACUAUAACAACAGCAGCCAACACCACAAGUCCACCUGUAUCUACACCAGGGAAUGCUACAAACCAUCCUGUAACUGCACCAGGAACUGCCACAAAUCCUCCAGUAACUAUACCAGGCAAUGCCACAACUUCUUUACCUGUACCAGUGAACAGCACAACUCCAUUCCUAACUACAAGAGGCAAUACCACUAGUCCUUCUUUUAGUACAUUAGGCAACACCACAGCAACAAUUUCAACACCAGGCAGUGUCACUACUAUACCCCUAAUUACAGCAGGAAAUUCAACAAUUACAGCACAAACUAUAUCAGGCAAUGCUACAACAACACCAAACAAUGCCACAACUCCACCCAUAACUACAUUUCCACCCUUAACCACACAUGUUUCAAUCCUAACUAUACCUGGAAAUGCAACAGUUCUGCCUGUAACAACAGCAGGCAACAGCACAACAUCAGCCCUGACUACACAAAGCAAUGUCACAGCUCCACCUCAACCUACACAAGGUAAUAUCACUAAUGGACCCCUAACUACACCAACCAAUACCACUAAUAUACCUACACCAACACAAGGUAAUGUCACUAAUCCACUGCUAACAACACCAAGGAAUGCUACAAUUACAUCCCAAACUACAAUAGCUAAUGCUACAGCAUCUCCAAUAAUAACACCAAGCAAUGGCACAACUCCACCCAUAACUACACUAGGAAAUGGCACUGCUUUACCCUUUACCACUCUUGGCACUACACUAGACAAUGCUUCAACUCUACUUCAAACUACACCAGGCAAUGCCACAACUCCCCCACCACUUAGUACCCCAGGUAAUGCUUCAACAUAUUCUGUUAUACCACCAGGAAAUGCCACAGCCCCACCCACAUCCAAUGCCACAACUCCCCUAAUGUCAACACCAGGCAAUGCCACAACACCACCCUUAACUACAGCAGGGAAUGGUACAACACAACUGAUUACACCAAACAAUGCCACAGCUCCAUUACUAACUACACCAGGCAAUAUUACUAUUCCACCCACAACAACACCAGGCAAUGCCACAACUCCCCCACCACUUACUACUCCGGGUAACACCACAUCUCCACUCACAUCCAAUGCCACAGCUCCAUUACUAACUACACUAGGCAAUAUUACUAUUCAACCCACAACAACACCAGGCAAUGCCACAACUCCCCCACCACUUACUACUCCGGGUAACACCACAUCUCCACUCACAUCCAAUGCCACAACUCCCCUAUUAACAACACCUGGCAAUGCUACAAUGCCACCCCUUACUACAGCAGGAAAUGGUACAACACAACCAACUACGCCAAAUAAUGCCACAGCUCCAUCACUAACUACAGCAGGGAAUAGUACUACACAACCCUUAACUACACCAGCUACAACAGGGAAUAGUACCACACAACCCUUAACUAUACCAGCUACAACAGGGAAUGGUACCACUCAACCCCUGACUUCAGCAGGGAACACUACAACACCAUCUAUUACUACACCAGGGAAUGCUACAACACCACCCAUCACUACACCAGUGAACACUACAAUACCACCCACCACUACACCAGGGAACACUACAACACCACCAAUCACUACAUUAGGGAACGGUACAACACCCCCCAUCACUACAACAGGAAACACUACAACAUCACCAAUCACUACACUAGGGAACUCUACAACACCACCCAACACUACACCAGGGAACGCUACAACACCACCAAUCACUACACUAGGGAAUGGUACAACACCCCCCAUCACUACAACAGGAAACACUACAACAUCACCAAUCACUACACUAGGGAAUGCUACAAUACCACCCACCACUACACCAGGGAAUGCUACAACACCACCCAUCACUACUCAAGAUAAUGCUACAACACUACCCAUUACUAUACCAGGGAAUGCUACAACACCACCAAUCACUACACUAGGGAACGGUACAACACCACCCAUCACUACACCAGGAAACACUACAACAUCACCAAUCACUACACUAGGGAACUCUACAACACCACCCAACACUACACCAGGGAAUGCUACAACACCACUCACCACUGCACCAGGGAACAGUACAACACCACUCAUUACUACACAAAGUAAUGCUACAACACUACCCAUUACUAUACCAGGGAGCACUACAACACCACCCAUCACUAUACCAGGGAAUGCUACAACACCACUCAUCACUACAUCAGUGAACACUACAACACCACACAUUACUAGACCAGGGAAUGCUACAACACCAGCCAUCACUACACCAGGAAAUGCUACUACACCAUUAACUACACCAGGGAAUUCUACAACACCCAUCACUACACCAGUAAAUGCUACCACACCACUAUCUACACCAGGGAAUGCCACAAUUUCCAUCACUACACCAGUAAAUGCUACCACACCACUAUCUACACCAGGGAAUGCCACAAUUUCCAUCACUACACCAGUAAAUGCUACCACACCACCAACUACACCAGGGAAUGCUACCACACCACUAACUACAACCGGGAAUGCUACAGCACCACCUCUAACCACAGGCAUCCCUACGAAUGGACCCAAUGUAACUACUAACCCAACUAACACCACAACACCACCAGCUACCUGUCCUGCAGUGCCCUGUCCACCCCUCGGUGUUUGUGUGAAUUCCACCUGUCAGUGUCUGGCAGGAACAAUUCUUUUAAAUAAUGCCUGUGUAGAAACUAAAACCUUCCCCAGUACACUUCGGGUGAACCGCAUUUUUGUAAAUGCUAUGAAGGAUCCCCAAUCACCUGAAUUCCAGCAAACUGCUAAUGAGAUAAUUUCUGCGGUAAAUAUAGCUCUGCGUAACCAGCCAAACUACAUAAAAAGCAAUGUCCUUAGUUUAAUGUCUGGCAGUGUAGUGGCCUCAGUAAACAGUUUUUUUGAGCUCAGUUCUCCAGCCACCCAGGAUUCGGUUGGAGUGGCCAUGAAUACUGCUAUAAAAGAGUGCGAGGAGGUGAACUGUGAUAUUCUUGCUAAUGCUACAUAUGUGGAAACUGAUCUGUGUCAGCAGGAGCCUUCUCCUUGUGAUGUUGUCACUACAGAUUGUACAUUCAGAGAUGGUCUUGCUAAAUGUGCCUGCAAAAUAGGCCAUGUACCCAGCCCUUACCAGAGCAAGAGCUGUACAGUCUGCCCCAGUGGAAAGAAAGCACAAGGAGAAAACUGUGUUCCAUGUCCAUUUGGCUAUUCUGGAUUCAACUGUGAUGACUCUUCUUUGAUUGCUCUAGUGGUGGUGGCUUGUGUGUUAGGGGGAGUUCUGCUCAUUGUGAUUUUGGCUGUGCUCAUCUACCUCUGUGUGACUCAUCGCUUGAGAAAGUCUAAGGAAUAUCUGUACAACACCCCAUACCCUGCUGAGGAGUUCCAGUCCACAUGGUCCUCUCAGGGCAUCAUUCCUAUUCCUCGUGCCACUCUCAGUGCCAGCAAUGAUGCCAGUGACACCACUUUGGAGAUGACUGAGGGGGCAGGCAAAAGGAAUAGCCAUAGUAAUGGAUUGGCAGGUUCAUAUGACCUCGCCACAGAUGGCCUGAAGACCUUUAAGGGAGAAUACCCCUCACGCUACUCUUAUUUGGUAGGUCAUGAAAACCCCUACUUUCUGGCAGAAGACAACAAGAGAACCACAUGAAGAAAGUAGCAGAGGGAAGGGAUAGGGUACAAGUGUAUAAGAGCAAACUUACGAGAGGAGGCAAAGGAAAAGAGUGCUAUAACAACAUUAUAAGAAUGCCUUGGAUCAAAAAUAAGAAGUCUCCCUGUUUCAGGAAAGUUACAACUGUUGAAACCCUUUGGCUGAUCACAGAUGCAAAGAACACCCACAAGUGGUAUUUGAGAGAUCCAUCAUUUUAAAACUUUUUUACAUUUUUGUUUCCUUUUAUAAUUUUAAAUGACUUUCACCCAUGAUAAAAUGCUCACUUCUUGAAGUGCAUUAAUGAUUGGGUUACUUAUACACACCAUGCACUGACUCAACUGUCACACAAUACAACAAAACAAAGAUGUCUUAUGUAUGAUAAUGAGUGCACUGGACAUUGAUCACAACAUUCACCUGUUGAUAUUUGCAUUCAUUGUUUUCAUUUUUUACCAUGUUUCAUCUGCAAAUUUUUUGUACAUGCAACAAUUAGGGUCAUUAUCUUUCAGAAGAAUGUAAUAUUGAACAACAUUUCAAUUUUUAAACAAAAGAUAUACUAUUAUAAAUGAUUUAAUGCACAUAAACCUAUAAGCCUUGUAUGGCAAAAGUUGUGAAAAGAUUCUUCAAAAAGUUCUCUUUUUUUUUUUUUUUUUUUUUUUUCCCAAGACAAUUUAGAAUGAAAUGAGGGUGUGUAUCAACAACACAUUAUGUACUGUAAUAACACCACAUUUUGUAAAACCUUUUCAAAAUGUAAUGAAAUGUGGUAUUGUUACAUAAUGCAAUGCAGGGUAAGUAAAUAAUGACAGAAUUUUUAUUUUUGAGGUGAACAAUUUUUUUUUAACAAAAGAUAUACUAUUAUAAAUGAUUUAAUGUUAAACCAAAUUUCAACAUGUUUUACUGUAUUUAACAUACCUGUGGAAGCAAUAAGGGAUGGAGUACAAGAUGUAAUCCAGAAUACCAACAUUCUGAUAGCAUCUAAUCCCCAUUUAUUUUAACUGCACUUUGCAAUAGAGAGCAUCUCAAAUCUUAUGUUUGUGUGUGUGUGUCCGUUUAUAACUUUAAGCUAUGAUUAUGUCUAUUAGAAAGGUUACUCAAUUAUGAAUUAUUGGUUGAUAUUCAUUUUUACAAAGAAUUAUUUUUAUUUAUUUUUUCAAUCAGGACAGUUCAUGCAUUCUGAAAUUAAUCUCUGUGCCUGACUUUGAUGCUGUCAUUUGAAUGGGAGAAUGCAAUAAAGGGGAGCUUUUAAAAUGUAUUAUAUAAAAUUCUGUAGUUGUGCCAAUGAUCAUAUUUAUUCAGAUCAGAACAUGAAGUUGUUUACUCAACUCUAUUUGGUUCAUAUUUACUUAUUUAUGUUUACUAGACUACUUUCUGUACAUAAGGCUUUUGUAAAAAACAAACAAACAAAAAAAAAACAAAGUGAUUCAUCUUAUUCUGUAUUUUGGAAACAAAUAAAUUAUAAAGAUGUA